AAGCGUUCCCGCAACUCAGUAAAUCUCCCGUCUGCUAAAAGUUUCAUCGCUGCGAAAUUUUGUAUCAUUUUCUUCAGCAUGGGGUCAAUAAUCUAGCCUUAAGAUGGAUGGAGGUGAACAAUCAACACCGAAAAAUAAAAAUGAAAAAUGUUUAGAGCUGGACACCAUCAUUGACACAUUUGAUAACUGGCAGUUGGCCAUUGUUGAUUUGCUGAAGAGGAAAACAGAGUUAUCGGAGGAAGCAAAACAAUUCAGAACAGACAAGGAAAGAAUAGAGAGAAAAAAUGCCGAACUUGAAAAAACUGUUUCUGAUCUGCAGGGAAUGAUUGAUACUCUGCACAAACAACUUCACACUGUCUGUGACCUGGAAGAAAGCAUUAGAAAUAGCCAAGAAGAAGUAAAGAAAAAAACAAGUGAGCUCCUUGAUGCAAAAUCUGAGAUACACACUGAAAAAGUGAAACACGCCAAAUUAGUUGAAGAGAUGCAGGAGGAACAUUCCAAAGAAAUAAACAAAUUGAUAGAAAAACUGAACAGAGAGAAGACCACGGAGGUUGACAAACGUCAGGAAAUUAUUGAACAGAAAAACGACGAAAUUCAUCAGAUGCAACAAAAAAUGGAUAAAUCCAAUACCGAAAAGGAAUCUGAAAUCCUCAAACUUUCAAUGGAUUAUGAAAACAAGUUGUCAAAACUUAAGCAGAAGACAUCAAUUCCACCUGCUCAAUCCAGUUCAUCUAAUCAAGAGAUUUUCCGGAAGAAACUCCAGCAUCUGAAAACGGAAUAUGAUAGGGAAGUGAAUCAUCUAAAGUACACUAUAUCAGAUCUACAGGAGAAACUCGCGACACAGGGAAAUUUGGGCCGAAUGCCAUUGUCUUCUGGAAAGAAGAGACGAAUCUAGAACCAAUAAAAGUUAUAAUCAUAAUAUAACUAAUUUUAUCCAAAAUUUAUAAAACGUGUUAUUAUAAAAUGAUUUUGUUUUUGGAGAUUUCAAUAGAUGCGAGCAGCAAAUAAAGUUAUUUAUUUAA